CCUGAUGCUUCUGCACGUCAUCUGUCAUCGCAAAUGAUUGAAAAAAGAAUCCCUCUCAUCUUCAAGACCAGUGUAUAGUCGUACAGCGAACAAAGUUAUCAAAAUUUGCGAGUUUUUCGAGCACAAUGAGAAGCCUUCCAGUGGUAAUCGCCUAGAUUGGAAUCUCGAGGAAUCAUAAAGUAUAACAACAUCAAUAACAAUCGCCGGUAGAGGCGGUGUAAGGUUCAUGUGAAAUCAAAGCUCGCAGAGGGUUAAUUUUACGCUAAAAUAACGCUGUAUCAGCGCAUAUGCCGAUAGUGGGGUAUAGAGGAGAACACUAAUCGAAUUUAUGAGUCACAAACGCUGAUAAUCAGCAUUUAUUAAAGCGUUCCGACGAUGGCAACGGCAGUGAGAGAUUAUGUCGACUUAGAAUGCUUUCUGGUAACUAAACAUUCGUGGAAGGGUAAAUACAAACGUAUUCUUUCGAUUGGAUCCGGUGGAGUUUCUACUUACAACUUAGAUAAGUUUGAUCUUACCAAUCGGUGGACUUACAACGAGGUAGUGAGUGCGUUGCCCAACAAAUCUACAAAUACGACCUACGAAUUCGUAUUGAAUCUGCGAAAGGAUAAAAAGAUUGACACCAUCAAGCUGUCUUCGGAAUACCGAAAUGAAAUUCUUACGUCACUACUGAAAUAUUAUAAGGAGUUCUCCGAUAAACCAAAGCACAUUCUGGAUGAUGUAGAAUGUCCUACUGAGUCCUAUCAGAGUACCCCGCGGGUGUCUGCUGCUAAUGUUAGGCUAAAUAGUUGGAUUAGGAUCGUAGUGUCCUCGCUGCUGCUGCAACCGGGCGUCAGCGAAUGUUUGCCGUGUUGUGAGCUCGAAUCAUAUAAAUUCGACGCCUUCAAACAUCAUUGGUCGGGCACUACGCUACCAGCAGUGUUAGAAGUUACGCCCAGUUCCCUGGAUCAGCUUGAUCCUACGACAAACACAGUACUAGCCAGUUACAACUAUAAAGACAUUGAUAGCAUUAUAGGAAUUCAGGACUAUAGCGAUGGAAUCGUACUCGCUUAUGGAGGGCACAGCAGGUUACAUCUUUUUCGAGUUUCCAACCAUCACGAUGUGGUGCAAAUGAUCGUACAAAAUGCCCAACAAUAUUUGGGCAUUGAGAUAAAAGUGUUAAAGAACCAAAUAUCGCUGGAUCAGUUCGAGCGCGAUCGAUUUGGGUUAUUCAGUGGUGAUCAGCAUCAGACAUCGCUGUCGGAGUUCAUCGUACAGAAAAUUACACCACGUCACUCGGAACCAAUGCGACGAAUAUUGUGUCUCACCGAUACGACUAUACUUGAACGAGAUCCACAGACUUACAGCGUCUGCACGCUGAGACCGCUGAUUGAGAUUUUUGCACUAAUUCGCCACGAUGAAAAUAUUCAGAAAUUUUCUAUAGAGUACAAAAAUGGUUUAACUAGGUCGUAUCUCACAAAUGAUCGAGAUUCUUUGCUCGCAACGCUGCUCGAUUCCGUACGUUCUUGUGGCAAUCAGGAUGUGCACGUGCGUAUUUCAAAAACUCCACGAGGAAAACGUGUCGGACCUUUAACAGCACCAGUGGAUGAAGAUACUGAAGCUAAUCUUCUUCGGUAUAUUAUCAGUUGUUACCAAUAUCCAGUUAAACGAUUCGAUAUUUUGGAACGUUUCAAUGCAAACAUACCGUACAGUGGUUUAAACUACAGUGUAACUCAGGAGAGCUUAUUUUCUGAAAAUAAAGAACGUCUGAUAACCGGAGCACUCCAGCAGUUGGUAGGAGGAGGAUCGAAGGAAGAUUUAAGCCAACUAAACAACAUAGAGCUUGAGGCAUCCUUUCACGUAUUGCGUCGUUUGUUAGCCAGCAAAGUAGGAUUUGCGGCUUUCACUAAUCUCCCAGGCUUUCGUGAGACUAUUGGCCUGCGUGUGGUGCAUGCUCUCAAGCGCAAUAAUGUAGCUGUGACUUACGCUGCGAUCGACAUGAUAAACUCUCUCAUGCAUCCAAUGCACGCCGAAUAUGAACUAAAGCAAGAGCAGUUGAACAAAUCAUCGUUACUCCAUUCUAAAGGUUUUCUAGACCAGUUGUUAGAUAUGUGGUCUAAACAUGUUAAUCUGGGGUCUGGAGCACUAGUACUGUCAGCUAUGUUGGAUUUUUUAACCUUCGCACUGUGUGUUCCGUACAGUGAAACAACAGAAGGAAAGCAAUUCGAUAUGCUCCUAGAAAUGGUGGCAACGCGUGGCCGUACGCUAUACAAACUUUUUCAGCAUCCAUCGUUGGCAAUCGUAAAGGGCAGUGGACUAGUUAUGAGAGCAUUGAUUGAAGAAGGUGAUACAUCCAUCUCCAAUCAGAUGCAAACACUGGCUUUGGAUGAGGCAGCUCUUUGUCAUCACUUACUAGUUGCGUUGUACACUCCUUCACACGAUUCAACCAUGGCUACUCAUAGGCAACUUUCGCGGCAUUUAGUUGGCCUGUGGAUCACUGAUAGUAAGGAUGCGAUGAACUUGCUGAGAAGAAUUUUCCCCGCCGGUUUGCUGUCAUUUUUGGAGAGUGAGGAUCCUGUGCCGAAAGAGGACGUCGAGGAGGACAAACUUAACUUUCGUGACAAUCUGAAGCUGGCGGUGCAGCAUUCCAGCAAGAACAAACGUCUCAACUAUCUGAUCGAGAAGCACCUGGAGGGAGUCAAACAUUGGGGAUUGAAUCUGAUUGAUCGACAGGAGAAAAUUCAACAAUCCCAGAAAAAUCGACCGAUAGUACUUCGCAACCGACGACAGCGUAAGAAGGUCGGAGAUGAAGUGAUAAAUCUGCCUCUGUUUUUCUAUCAGUUCAACAAAAAUCAUGCCAUGCCGAAUCUGAUCUGGAACCUCAAGACUCGCGAGGAGCUACGAGCUGCCUUAGAGAAUGAAAUACGACAGUUCAAUGCAGAUAAAGAUUUGGCUGGCAGUAUGCUUGUUGCGUGGAACUAUGAGGAGUUUGAGGUUCACUAUCAAUGCUUGGCGGAUGAGAUCAAGAUAGGGGAUUACUACAUUCGAUUGUUGCUAGAGAGGGAUGAUUGGCCACAAAAUUUGGUGAAAAACCCUAUCGAAUUAUUCAAUGCCCUUUACCGGAGAGUGUUGUGUCGAAAUAGGUUAAACGAUGAUCAGUUAACGGUCACCUCUCUGCAAGCUUUGGCUAAAGUCUACAAAAGGUACUACGAAAAGAUCGAAUACUUUAGUGAUAUAACGUACAUUCUACAAAUGUUGGACCGUUGCCUUUCACCAGCACUUCGCGAUGCUCUGGUUGGGUUGAUCAAAAACCUAGUUCUCCACAAGUCAAACUGCCGUCCAUUGGUGGAUCACGUCAAUUGUUUAGUUGAUCUGGUGACACUUGCUCACUUACAUACUGGCCGUGCAAUGCCAAAUACCAAGACAAACGUUAUUGAGGCUGGUCCUAAUAUGAAACAGCACGAGGAAAAGGAUUGGUAUUAUAAUGUAGAAAGAGAAAACGAGAAACCCGAACGUUGUGGCCCAGUUACGUUUUCUGAGCUGAAAGAGCUGUGGAACAAAGGUGUGCUCACGCCCAGGACACGCUGUUGGGCAGUUGGAAUGGAUGGUUGGCGUUCUUUGCAGCAGAUUCCACAGCUCAAAUGGUGUCUAAUGGCUAAGGGAUCACCAUUAUACAACGAAACAGAACUAGCUCAACACGUACUAGAUAUACUUAUAAAGUGUACCAGUUUCUUCCCCAGCCGGGCACGGGAUGGCGAAGCAGUUCUUAUUCCCGGCCCACGACUGUCUCGAAAGCUGUCCGAGUUCAUAUGCUUGCCACAUAUCGUACAGGUUUGUCUAACACACGAUCCCGGUUUACUUGAACGAGUUGCUUCGCUUCUUUGCCAAAUAAUGGAAGACAAUCCAGAAAUGUCCAAAGUGUAUCUCACCGGCGUGUUUUACUUCAUGCUUAUGUACACUGGUAGUAAUAUCCUUCCUAUUGCGCGAUUCCUUAAAAUGACACACAUGAAACAAGCGUUCCGCAGUGAAGAGACCAGUUCUCAAUCAGGAAUCAUGCAUCGUAGCAUUCUAGGUCAACUUCUUCCCGAAGCUAUGGUAUGUUAUUUGGAAAACCACAGUGCCGAAAAGUUUGCAGAAACUUUCCUUGGAGAGUUUGAUACUCCGGAAGUAAUUUGGAGUUCAGAAAUGCGCCGGAUGCUGAUAGAGAAGAUUUCUGCCCAUCUUGCUGAUUUCACGCCUAAGUUAAAAGGACAUUCGAUGGCGCGAUAUCCAUAUCUGGCCAUCCCAGCGAUUAGCUAUCCUCAGCUUGAGAAUGAGCUGUUCUGUCACAUUUUCUAUUUGAGGCAUCUUUGCGAUACCAGAAAGUUCCCGAACUGGCCGAUACCAGAUCCGGUUCAAUUACUAAAGCAUACACUAGACGCCUGGCGCAAGGAAGUAGAGAAGAAACCAUCCCAAAUGACUGCCACGAAGGCGUACGAAGAUCUCGGAAUUGAUCUGAAAAGGAUCCCUCAACCGGAUGAAUCGAUUAUUCGUAAGAGCUACUAUCGAUUGGCCCAAAUGUACCAUCCGGAUAAGAAUCCGAAAGGAAGGGAAAUCUUCGAGCGCGUCAAUCGCGCAUACGAAUUUCUGUGCUCGCGAAGAAGUACCAACGAUGGCCCCAACCCGAGCAACAUUGUUCUCAUCCUUCAGACCCAGAGCAUCCUCUUCGAUCGAUAUUCUGACGUGCUCCAGCCGUACAAGUACGCCGGCUAUCCACAGCUUAUCAAAACGAUUCGUCUAGAAACAAAGGAUGAACAGUUGUUCUCGAAGACAGUUCCACUUUUGAGUGCAGCCUCCGAAUUAUGUUACCACACUGUGCACUGCUCAGCUCUAAACGCAGAGGAGCUGCGUCGGGAGGAAGGCAUCGAAGCACUGUUGGAGGCAUACUCGCGAUGCGUUUCGAUAAUGGGUGUAGACUCACAAAAGGAUUCUUUGCACUAUCAAGUUAUAUCAAACAUCACUUGUUGCUUUGAUGUGGCGUGUCGCUUCGAGAACUGCCGGAAGAAGAUUCUGGAGCUGCCCCAGCUGAUAGUGGAUGUGUGUAGGGUAGUUUAUUUCAAACAUUCGCUGUCAGUAAGCCUGGUCACAAGUUUGGCAGCGAAUAAUUACGAUCUGCAGUGUAAUCUCGUACAAAACGGUGUGCUGUGGUCUUUAAUGAUUUUUAUGUUCGACUACGAUUAUACGUUGGACGAGAGUGGAGUAAAAACGGAUGAAAAAUCCAACAACCAGCAGAUGUGUAAUAAUUUAGCUAAAUUAUCGCUAAUAGCUUGUGUGGCAUUGGCCGGAUAUCAUAUGACGUUGUUGGAUGAAGCUAAGCCAAGCGCAGCUAAAUCGGCUUCAAAAUCUAAUCCUACCUCCCGCAGUGACUCCCCGCAGCAAUUAACGGCUGCCCGAAGCCAUUCUCUCACACAGACACAACCGUACACCCAGAACGCGUCCAAUUUAAUACAGAACAAUUCGAGCCUUAUCCAGUCGGUAGCAAUUAUCGAUCGUACUUUGCAGGAGAAGGCUGAAUCUCAAACCGUCGCCAGCGCAGUUGAACCAGAAGAACCUGUAGAGUGCGAGAAAGGUAUUAACAAUAAGAAAUAUAAAAUAUCUAGCGCUGCACCUGCCAACUCAAUGAUCAAAAAUAUGCUGGACAAACUUCUAACGGCUUUUGUGGCUAAUAAAAUGGUUUCUGAUCAUGAGACUGAAGUAUUGAAGCUGCUAAAUUCAAACACACGCAAUCCGUACCUAAUCUGGGACAAUGGAACACGAGCGCAGCUUUUGGACUUUCUCGAGUUCCAGCGAUCAAAUGCAAAAAAGGAGCAGUUCGAAAGUGUUGCCGAUGUUCACGACCUUGUGAAAACUUUUUCGUUUGAUGCUCAUAGAGACGAAUUAAAAAUCGGCGGUAUUUUUAUUCGUAUCUACAAUGAAAUGCCAACAUUCCCCAUCGUCAAUCCAAAAACAUUUGUGAUUGAUCUGCUCGAGUUUCUCAAGCAAGCCUAUAGCUAUCUGACGGCCAAGAACAUUCGACCGAUCCCGCCACCAACUAUAACCCACGUCAACAGUCAAGGUAUUCUAAUUCCAACGAAAACAUGGAAACCUCUAGUCCCCGCAAAGAACAACUCGGUUAACAGUAAUGUGAUCAAUAAUAACAAUAACCACCACCGCAGCACUGCCGGACAGUUACCGAAACAACAGGAUAUCAGUGUAGUACUCAGCGAAUACAGCCGGGCUAAGCAACGAAGUCAAUUAGCAAAGACAGACUCGUCGGUUUUCGAGGAUGCCGCGAAAUUCUACGAUUUUUCAUCGAAUCCCAAUGCAAUCAAUCACAUUGUGAUGGCCCUGAAAGCAUUAAUCUCCGUCAUCAAAUCGAACAGCAACGUCGAAAUCCAAUGCAUCGGUCAUUUCGAAAUGCUUUUCGGUUUUCUCUCAUCCAACUUGUGUGACAGGGAUAAGAUACUGAAGUCGCUGGCGCUGGAGGUGGUAUGCCUAGUAUCACGCAACAAAGAAUGCGUGACGGAAAUAUCUGCCUGCGAGAUAUUCGGCCUGUAUUUAGUAGCCCUGAGAGAUAAGGAUCUGAGGGACAUGCAGCAGAAGGUGCUGGAAACACUGUCGGGAUUAUUGAACGUGCCGAAGAUGAUCAAGGAGGGUCAUACAAAAGGGGCAGUAAUCUAUUUACUGGAUUUGUUUUGUAACUCCAACAAUCCUCAGAUCCGAGAAUGUUGUGCAGAACUUCUUGCGAAAAUGAACGCCGAUAAACUGAGCGGGCCGAAGAUUCGCAUCACGGUAUGCAAGUAUUUACCGUCAGUAUUUCUAGACGCCAUGAUCGAUUCUCCAUCGGUGGCUGUACAAAUGUAUGAAUCAACUCACGAACACCCGGAGCUAAUCUGGAACGAUCGGAUACGGAGUAGCGUAUCAGAUGCAGUGCACGACAUGGCGGACAGUUUCUAUGCUCAGCAGAAGCAAAAUUCGAAAACAUUUUGGCGUGAUCCCGAAGUGUUACCUGAUAUCAUCUCCAACGAAUUGAUCGUAUCCGGUGUGUACCUGCGGCUUUACAUUUCGAAUCCAGGCUGGACUUUGCGCAAACCAAAACAGUUCCUUUCCGAUUUGUUGGAUUUCAUAGUUGAGAAUAUCAGCAGAACCGGUGUCGAUCAAAAUAUUCUAGACAUUUCGACGACUGCUCUUGUGCUACUUUUGAAUGCGCAACCGAAUCUUUCAGAUUCCGUUCCGGUAUUAGGACAUAUACCGAAAUUCUUUCGACAGUUGUCCGUUCAACCGAGAAGCGCGCUUACGGUAUUGCAUCAGUUAUCCCUUUCAGAGAUUUGUGUCAGUGCAAUUUCUCAAACUGAUUGCAUUCCUGCGUUAAAGUCUUGCAUGGAAGGCCACCGAGAGCUUCUAGCAACCGCCUCAGAAACACUGAGUAGGCUCUUCAAAUGCCAGCACGAUUCUUUGAUACGUCAAUCGCUGGAGUGUCAGCUAAUACCAUUCCUGUUGGGCCUGCUUGAGAGUCGCAUUGAUUCCACGAGUCCAGCUAUGGUGAAAGCACAAAUUGUUGCCGCCUUAAAGGCUAUGACAUCGAAUUUGACCUACGGCGACCGAGUGGCCCAUAUCUUAAAUCAGAAUCCAGUUUGGGCAGAAUACCGGGACCAAAAGCAUGAUUUGUUCAUUACCGAUACCGAUGUGAGGGGAUACCUAACAGGUGCUCCCAAUACCACAGCUGGAUAUUUAACACAGGGACCCGCCAAGAACGUAGAAGUACUGACAUCUCCGCCACCGAUGGACCGCGACGACCCACUUUUUGUGCGUAGCAGUAGCAACGAUUCGUAAGCUCCUCAUGGAACGCAAGUCAUUUAUCACGCACGCUUCUCAUCCUCUUCAUUUUACGCGUGCAGUUUCAGCUUAAAAGGAGACACGAUUCUCCUGUUCCACUAGCUCUCGUUUUGUUUAGUAGUUUGUAUUCCGCAAAUGAACUGAUAUAUAUGUUAUUAGCUAGCAGGAAGACAGAGAACAUCAAUUUGUAGCAAGGUGUAAAUCGUUCGGAGAUAACAUGGUAAGAAUUACUUUGUAAUUAAUACACAUCAGAAAAUAGCUUCUAAAGGUAUAAUUGUACACUAUAUUAAACAUUAAGAUAAUGAAUUUUUAUUAUAUUGUGAUAUUUUUAAAAUAUAAUUUAUAUGGUGAAGUCCA